GGCAUGUCGAACAGUAGCAGUCGACUGGCACCAUUUGGAACAAUAACAAGGACGAUAAGAGUGGUGCGUCAAGCGGUUAUAAAUUCGAUUCUAAAAAAAGGAACCUAACGCCCGUCAGCUCAAGUGAUGAGAUUGGAUAUCGUUUGAGAACUUGUAAUUUAUCCUAGCCUGCCAUUAUUCCCAAACUAUUUUGAAAUAUAUUCGCAGAGCGUGUCCAGGAGUUCUUAGAAUAUGUAGGACGUAAUGUCGGUUAAUGGAACGUGGGAACGGUGUAAUAUGAUCUGUAUGUAAUGAAAGAAAAGGGGUCUCUGGACGAUAUAUACCUAUGAUUUUCGUGUUCUAAUUUUAAGUUGUAGAACCUUGCUGCCAAAUAUCUGCAUAAGUAUAGUAGUCCUGUAUUCGAGGAGUGACGAGUGACUCGUCAUGGUUCUCACCACAAAGGGGAAAUACACAGUGUUGCGUUUUAUUCUUAUCAGCUGAGCGCGGAAGGUAUAAAUCGCGAGUGGAGUGAUGUGGUUCUCAUAGAAUUGAAUUCGGAUGCGAGGAUGCUGAUCGUGAGCCUAAUCUUAUAACAGUGUUCGACUUGUGAACGAGAAAUAAACUUAGCUAACACAAGCAAAUACGUACGCGGUGAAUAACGCGGCAAAAUAAGGAUAUACUGUCAGGAUAGCAAAAUAACUGUAUGACAUUUGAAAGUAGAUAAACUUCGACAAGUGACAAUGUCGCGAGUUUCCUUAAAUAAAACCCAGUUUGGCCAAUAUGGUUCUCGUCGCGUACGAAAAAUAAGCACGACGGAGAGUGAAUAUUCGGUCGAGGAACAGUCCCGAUUGACAGGAGCAGAUGGAGGAGUCGAUGAAGUUUCCCCUGAAGACGAGGGCUCCUUGUGCGAAUAUCAUGACAUCCCACCCCCGCCGGAUGGCGGCUAUGGGUGGGUUGUUGUAUUUGCCUCGUUCAUGUGCAACAUGAUUGUGGAUGGCAUUGCUUAUACCUUCGGAGUGUUUUUGAAUGAAUUUGUCAACUAUUAUGGAGAAGGCAAAGGCAGGACGGCAUGGGUAGGGUCUUUACUCUCUGGCAUAUACCUCAGCGCAGGUCCAGUCGUCAGUGCCUUAACGAACAAGUAUGGCUGCAGAGCUGUAUGCAUGGCUGGAAGCGUUUUCGGAGCGGCUGCAUUUGCUCUGUCGACACUUUCAUCUUCUGUUAAUAUGUUGAUGCUAACGUAUGGCGUAUUAGGAGGUAUCGGCUUCGGUCUAAUCUACCUACCAGCAGUCGUGUGCGUUGGUUAUUACUUUGAAACUAAAAGAUCGUUGGCCACAGGGAUCGCAGUUUGUGGUUCGGGAGUAGGUACCAUAGCUUUUGCCCCUCUAGCAACGAUGUUAAUUAAUGCUUACGGCUGGAAAGGAGCUAAUCUGAUUUUAGCCGGCCUUAUCCUAAAUUGCGCGGUUUUUGGCGCAAUGAUGAGACCUCUGGAAUACCCAAAAUUGUCAUCUGUUAAGCCGUUGCUGCAGCGAAUGGCAGAAGAAAAACGGUUUCAAAUGGAGCGUGGCAGUAUAGGAGGAUCCUACUUCAUGGUACAAUUACCGGAUGGAUCAAUGGAGAAAAGAAUGAAAAUGCCCAUUAACAUUGAUCCAGGAGUACACUCCAGUUUCAAUCUAGAUCAGCUAGUACCAGGUACUCCAUUGACUCCUGUACCAACCGUGCCAACUUUGCCUACAAUUUCGGAGGUAAAAGUACAGGAGCAAUCGUCAUCCGGUGGAACAUCCGCAAGUGGAAGUGUGGAUUUGAAAAAUGCUAUAAACAAGACCAAGAGCCGUAAAGCAAUUGACGAAGGAAAAGAAUCCAAAGAUGUUCCAACCCAGGAAAAACCGGAGAAUAUUGAGUUCAACAAGGCAAAUAUUCCCCGUAACGCCUCUCAGCCAGCAUUCACCACCCACGUGCAAGGUCUACCAAAAAACGGCUCGGUCCCAUUCUUUGAUAGAAUUCGAAAAACCAGUACUGGGGAGAGAUACAAGCCAAGCCUUAGCGCUAUCAAGAAUUCCCGUUCCACGCUCAACUCUAAUGGCGAUAUACGACGGAGUCUACACUUGAGACUAUCCGCCAGCAGCAUGCUUGGAUCACGUAACAAUAAUGCUGAAUGCGAUGAUGGUGAAAGCAUCACGUUUACCACGAGCAAAUCUAGCAUACCUAAGGAAAAGCCAAUGAUGAUUCGACCAUUGUCGAGAAGGGAUAUAUUCUACAGUGGUAGUGUACUCAAUUUGGCUGAGUGUCAGAGCCAAAAAUCUCUUGCAAAUUACCGGCAAAGUAUCAUUUCGUUGCCAAAAUCCGUACGUGGAGACGUCCGUGAUGCUGACCCGGAGAAGGGACCACAGCAGCCACUUUGUCCUUGCCUAGUCCUGCCUGAGUCUUUUACCGAAGCUCUUGCUACAAUGAUGGACAUGUCUCUACUCAAGGAUCCGGUAUUUCUGUUGAUCGGUAUCAGCAAUGUGUUCGGCAUGGCUGGACUUUACGUGCCGUUCGUUUAUCUUGUGGAUGCUGCCAAGUCACAUGGAGUUGAUGCAAGUUUAGCACCAUUGCUGUUGUCAAUUAUCGGAAUCACGAAUACAGUGGGACGUGUGGCUUGUGGCUACAUCGCAGACUUUCCGCAAGUUGAUUCAUUGUUAAUGAAUAACAUUUGCCUUGUUGUUUCGAGUAUUGCGGUUGGAGCUACACCUUUCUGUACCUCAUUUGCUGCUUACAUAGUGAUGAGUAUCUUUUUCGGACUUGCUAUAUCUGGAUACAUUUCGCUGACCUCAAUUAUUCUGGUGGAUCUACUCGGCUUGGACAAACUUACAAAUGCAUUCGGCCUUCUAAUCCUAUUCAGAGGUGCCGCUGCUAUCGUUGGAUCUCCGCUUGCUGGUGCCAUAUACGAUGCGACGGAAAACUAUAACAUUUCAUUUUACAUGGCAGGAUUCUUCUUUUUUAUUAGUGCAGCAACCAGCUUCAUGGCACCAGCUAUGAAGAGAUGUACUACGCCUCAGGCCCAACCCGUCAUAAUGGAUACAUUAACGCCUAUUGACGAAGAUAUUGAAGAGGAAAAUGAAGAUGAUAUCCCAGAGAUCGUUGAGACGGCUGCGUCGCCUCAAGAACCCCAAGAAAAGGAAAUCAAACAGAUUGAAUCUGUUUUAUAAUAAUUGCCGAAAGCCUUUGUGUGCUUUAUUUCUUCGACGAGCGUCCCAGAUUGAUGGUCAAUGCAAGGCGAAUAAGCUGUUAAAGAAAUUUCACAAUGAAUUUGAAACUCGAUUUUUAUAGUCACUUAAACGUUGAAGUAAAACGUUGUGCUUAAUUGGACCUGCAAGCUGAAAGAAGUGUACGUUAACGGACAUGAUGCGAGCAAUGUUGCAAAUGUUACCGGGAUUGCGUUCAGUUUACGACCUUCUAUCAAUUCAUAUGUCAACAAACGGGUUCACACUUUUAGAGCUUGUACGGCAAUUAUUAUUUAUUUUAUACUGUGAUCGAGAUAAUCGAGAAAUAUAUAAAAUAUUAACUUAGUAAAAAAUUCUGUGAGAAACAGGUUGAAAGAGUGAAGAUUAAAUGGUUGAGUGAGAGAGUGAGUGCGAGAAUCGACAAAGAGACGAGGGAGUACGUUAUGGCGAGGGCGCGGCAAACUGAAACAAAUACAUUUUCAUGCUCGAAUGUACCCGGUUUCUUGAGAGUAUGAAUCUCAAAAAAGAAGAGGAGGUAGAAAGUGUGCGCAGGAGAGAAAGAGAGAGAGAGAGAGAGUAGAUUAGAGUAGAGUAAAACUUGAGCAUAACCCGCUCGUACGGAAUAUGAUGAUAAAGCGGGGAUCGGCUGUCAACUUCAGAUUUUGGGGUAAAUGUUUGCACGUUCUUAAGGGUACUGGUCAUCCUCCCUUUUCAGUAGUGUUGAGAAAAUAGUGGGUUUCGCGUAUUCUCAAAUUACAUUCGCAAAUUUUUUAAGACCAAUUACUGCUACCAAAAUACAGCAAAAUCUCGAUUAUCCAAACCCCCUAUCAUCCGAAGCACGAUCUACUUUAUUCGAAUGAUGUUUUGAAAUUUUAGAACGUAUGUAACUACCCUAUUAGUAAAAAAACAUCGGAGAAAGUCUGUUUAUAGCGCUACGUUAAAAUUACCCAUAUUUUAAUUAACUUCAGGUGUAAUCAGAGUCAUAACGAUGUGAUGUGUGUUACAGUUAGACGUUCAGUUUGUUAAAGUAACAAAAAAAAAUACAUGCGUAAUGUUUCUAAUAUUCUUUAUCAUAUUGCAGCAUCGUUACAUUUGACAUUACUAUUCCAUUAUCCGAACUUUCGCUAAUCCGAACUAGGCUCGGUCCGAAUUGAUUUGGACAAUCGAGGUUCUACUGUAAAUUCAUUCGGUCAACAUAGGUGAUUUGGAAUAAAUUUAUCUCAAUAAAUAGCUUUGUGCUCCAAAAGCACUGGAUAUCACGUACGCCGGUCAAGGGCUGGUGUAGGAGGAGGACAAAGUCUCUUACUUCGAAAUAUGCGGGUAGCUGAAAUAUUAAUGGCAAUGAUUUAUAAUUGCAGCCGCAAUGGUUGAUUUUAAACACGGCGUGCGAAUUUGUACAGGAUCGUGCCACUCAUCCUUUCCACGUAUAAUCCACAUCAAGUACUGCAAUUAUUUAUUGAUAGUUCAGAAAAGUGUAAAUUGCUUUUGCGUACAGAAAAUUGGUAGCCACGAUGCUCUAUGUUCAACCUUACCGUUGGAGUAAAAUGUCAGUUUUUUUUACAAUUAGUAUUAUCUAACAAUAAGUCUACGCAACACUUAUGCGAAAAUGUCGCAGUUAGCGCAAUUCUACGUGUAAUGCCAAGCAAAAAUAUGUGAAAAUUUUUUUGUUUCGUGCGAACAUAUGGCCGGAAAAUAUAUUCCUCUAACAAGUGGUAAUUGAAUCACAGGAAUACAUUUCUUGGCAUUGUUAUGGCGCUAAACAAAUCUUUAUGGGUACUUUCAAUCGGCAUUCCAUGUAGAACCGCACUGACUGCGGCAUUUUCGCAUCGGUGAUGCUUUACGGAAUAUGUGUAAGGGGAAAUCGAGCUCAACUCAACUACCCUCCAGAUCUCAACACCUUCCGUUUUUCUUCUCUUAUGAGAUUUCUUUAUACCACGUGAUUUUCGUAUUGCCGUUCCAGAAGUUUUUGCAGUCAAUGUUGGUAAUUCCUGAAAUUGAAGGAUUUUUCAACAAGGAUAUCCCGGAGUUCAAAAGUCGUAUCAACAAAAACAACGUGAUCAUUUGAUUGGUAUUGAAUCUAACUUUUGGAGAAAGAAAAAUUGAAAAUUUUUGAACCACUUUUUCGUUGCCAAAAAUUGAAUUGAGAAAGAUCUAUAUAUCGACAAUUUGGGCACAUAAAAAAAAAGAAAAAAAUUCUCAAAAUAUGCUUUGCAGAAAGUUAAAAAUUUUAAAAGCUUACCGAAGAUUGUAUCUUUAAUGGUUAAGAAGUUACUCAUAUUUUACAGAGUAAAAAAAGUUAUUUUUCUUCAUUGAGAAUUUCAGAACAUGAAUCGUCUCUUGUAUAUUUUUCAAUCGAUACUGUACGACUUUUCGACUGGCGAGUGGAUUCAAUUCCAAUUCAUUGACAAUAGGACCAUGCAACGAGGGAUAUGAGACUUCACGUAAUCAUGUAGUAAUACGCAGUAUGCGUCAUUUUCUUUGUUGUUCAGACUGCGAACCGUUACAGGAUCUAUUAUGUCGAGAUUUUUUUUUUAAAUGAUGUACUGAGGUUCCAUGGAAAAUUACACUGUCCUGCAACUACCGAUAAAAUUUACAUCGGAAUUUCGAUUAACAAGUUGGUUAGUGAAGAAAAUCUACCUUCCGGGCGACAACCACGACGGUGCAAGUCGCAAACGAGUAUGGCGGAGUUAUCGUGGCUGGAAAUAAUAAUAAGGCAUAUAAUACGUAAACUGCCUCCCUAGUCCCUAGACUAUAGUUUUCUAACGGAGCCCUGCUAUGGUUGAGUGAACUCGUACUUUCAUUGCCGUUUGUGAUAUUUUAUUUUCUAUCAUUUUAACUACAGAGGCAAUUUGUUCAUUGAACACAUAGCGUCUUGUUUGGGAUUGUACACUUUCCUUUAAACUAUUUAAAAAAAUUCUUGAUUAUGAUUUUUUUCAUGAAAACCCUGAAGAAUGUAAUUAUGGGUUGAAAGUGUAGGCUCCUUGCUUUUUUUUUUCUGAAACCGGCACUUCAGUAAACGCAGGUAGUCUUUCCUGUACCUAGGCAGGAGAAGCUGAACUAGUCUUUGAACUACUAGAAGUAUAUUGAUAUUCUUGGAAUCAGAGGCCGAAGUUGAACAAGAUAAAUAUUGUAUGAACAUUGAAUUGAAAUGUUUAGUCAACACUAACUUUCUGAAUAUGAAUAUAAAUGAUGAAUAAUCAGUAUUAUGCAUUUUUGAAUGGCUUUAGAAGCUACGGGAUUUAGCAGUGUCUUUUAUUUCUGCUGGGAGUAGAAUGUCUUUGUAAUGUGUGGAAACGAAUCAACCUACUCAUCUACGAGUGGUCAACCAAAUGAUGUCAGUUGAGCAAGUACCACGUUGUCGUACAUUUGGAUUGCUUGCUUGUAGGAGAGUAAAGUGUUUCGAUUCCACAUAAACUCCUUGUAUAGACGUCUCACAUAAAUUUGCACACAGUUUUCAAUGUUCGUAAGUGUUUAGCGCACUUAAAAAAAUAUGUGCACAUUUCGCGACCAAUUGUUUUGCGCCUCUGCCCUUUGUAAAUAAGGUUGAUUUUUCGAUGAGAAUUGAAAGUGACCUACAUUAAACAAAAUCUGUACACCCACUCUGUACAAGUCAGGACAAGUCAGUUACGACUCUGUACCAUGUGAUGCAAUAGUUUUGCAAGCAAUAAUGUCAUGCAACUAUACUUGGGAAUAUAUUAUUAACAAUUUGCCUUACCGUGUAGUUUUAAUGUCGUUAUUGACGUGAAAAAUAUAAAUUGAAAUGAGGGAUAUUCUUUUGACGGCUUUUUUUUUUGUCUCUAUUGCCCGGUGUGAGAGGGUGUUUAAUAUUUUUGUAGGGUGCGUGUUUUUUUGCUAAGAAAAGUAUGAAAAUUCACGUCGCAUAUGAAUAUCAGUUCUACUUCCUCUUCGGCCGCGAGUUAACGUUGAAAAAAGAUAUCAGAAUUCUACUCCUGCAGCGAGAUCUUUGAAUGAACAGUGUGCAAUGUUUCAUGGUGUAUAAUUUUUCAAAUAGCAAAUCGCAACAGAUCACCAUGUGAUGUAUGUACAGUACAAUAUGCUAUGUGUACAUACAUAGAUACAUUUGUACAUACCUACAGUACCAUCUACGGAUAAUUGUGCGUCUAACUUACUAUCUGGUAAUGCUACGAUUUCUAAUCACUUUACGGCACAAUCUGAUAGCUUCAAGCGCACAGGCUAUUGCCUACCUUUUAUAUGACACGUUUACCAUGAGCAGAGUCAAGUUAACACAGCCACUUUUCUGAUUUAUUUAUGUUAUUCACUGUUUUCUGCUUCAAAUUUAUCAAGUGCAAGAGUCAGCGGAUGAUGGAUAAUUGAAGGGCAGGCGAGUUUCUGUUGGCCACGAUGACUGCGUUUUUUCUACUAUAAAUUUCAUUCUCUUGAUAAUUCGUGACACCACACCACGUUUGUAUUUGAAAAGAGAACCGAUGAAAAGGUCUUGCCCACUGAGUCGAACUGUCCUGUGUGAUGGUUAAGUUUCUAUCCUGGAAAGGGGGAAAUUUGUGGAAAUUUAAUUUGCGUAAUACGUUGAAUUCUUGGAGAGUUUUUAAACGCUGUACACCCGGCGCUUAGCUGCUUAGUUAUCUGACAACGAGGCCCAUUAUUUCAUUCGAAGCUUUUAUAUGCCCGAUGCGACGAAAGGGGAUAAUUGUACGAGUCUGUAAAUUAAAGAAACACUUGUGCGCCUUUUUCCGUAAUGUAUAGCGAAUGGCGGCAAAAAUUGUUUCUAAUACCAGUUAGGCUCACAGUCAAAAUAAGUAAAACAAUACGUUCAUAAAUUAGGAAUUGCAAUCGUAAGUUGAGACGACAAUAUUAAUCGUUAUGUUAGCUUUAUGCGUUUUGAUACGUUCUAGGUGCUCUAACAUAAGUUAGAAAAAUUAAGCAUUUUUUUUCACAUAAGACUAAAUUUUGUACUAUCCUCUCUUACCUCACUUGGUAGAAAGAAAUCAUUUUCGAAACAGUUCUCAGCCAUUUUUAAAAAUCAUUGGUGCAAUGCCACAGUUAAUGAAUUGGAAAGUCUAAAAUACCUACACACAGUGUAGUAAAAUGUAUCCUAGCGAGAAUCAGUGAUAUAUAUAUAUAUAUAUAUAUAUAUCACUGAUUCUGAUUCUGAUAUAUAUAUAUAUAUAUAACUUAUAUAUCAGUGUAGUGAAUCGUAAAGUUACAAAAAAAUCAGCGCCUAU